AUGGGGAUGAAGCUAGUAAUAGUGUUAGCAGUAAUAGUGAUGGGGGACAGCAACAGAAGACAGCAGGACAACAACUUGGGCACAACAGAGAGACAGCAACAGGACAGCAACAGACACAACAGGGGACAGCAACAGACUGGCAGACACAACAGGGACAGCAACAGAGACAGCAACAGGGGACAACAGAGACAGCAACAGGGACAGCAACAGACACAGCAGAGACACAGCAACAGGGGAGACAGCAGCAGAGACAGCAACAGGGGACAGCAACAGACACCAACAGAGACAACAACAGGGACAGCAGGGCACAACAGGGACACAACAGGGACAGCAACAGACACAACAGGGACAGCAACAGAGACAACAGACACAACAGGGACAGCAACAGGGACAGCAACACAACAGGGACAGCAACAGGGACAACCCAUGUGGCCACAACAGGGACAGCAACAGGGACAGCAACAGACACCACCACAACAGGGGACAGCAACAGGGGACAGCAACAGACCUUACAACAGAGACAGCAGCAACAGGGUUAUGUAG